UUCGUUCUAAGCACGCGCCAAAAUUCACCAAGUAUGGAUUUCGAUUCGGUUCUGCCCGACGUUGGUGCCUUUGGACUUUACCAAAAACUCGUAAUUUGCUUUGUUUUGCUGCCAGCGCUCAUUCCGUGCGCCUUUCAUGCCUACAGUCAACUUUUUAUCGCAGCCCGCCCCGAACAUUGGUGUCGCAUACCCGAAUUGGCGACAUGGGAGAAUGACGCGAAUUUUUCGGAUUUCGUAAAGGAGUUGAGUAUUCCGAUGGAAAUGCGCGACGGAAAAAUGAGAUUUUCCAAAUGUGAGAUGUUUGCGAGGAAUUAUUCGGAAAUUCGGGAGUUAUUGACGCAAAAUGUGCCAAUGUCGUUUGUGAGGAAUUCUGUAGAAGGAAGUAAUGUUUCGACGAUUUCUUGCAAGAACGGAUGGAAUUUCGAUGAAAGUGUCUUCAAAGCGACCGUUAUCUCGGAAUGGAAUCUCGUUUGUGACAAAGAUUAUUACACGACACUGGCCUUGGUGCUUUUUGGCGUGGGAGGUCUCAUCGGGAAUUACAUCUUUGGCUAUUUGCAGGACUCUUGGGGACGUCGCCCCUCCUUCUACACAUAUCUCAUGAUCGAAGUCGUCGCAUGUGCUUUGAGUGCUGUCGCACCUAAUUUCGUAAUUUGGCUCGCGUUGCGUGUCGUUGUCGGUUUAACGGUUCCCGCGAUUCUCGCAAGUCCCUACGUGUUGGCCAUUGAACUCGUUGGGCCCGAUAAACGGAGUUUUUGCACCUUAAUCUCCAACAUUUCUUAUUCCAUUGGUUUGGUUUUGUUAUCGGGCGUCGUUUAUCUCGUAAGGAGUUGGCGAAUGCUGUCCUUGGCAGUUUCGGUGCCACUUCUCGUGCUGCUUACGUGCUUUCCUGUGUUACCGGAGUCACCGAGAUGGUUAGUGGCGAUUGGCGAUUAUCGCAGAGCAGCAAAGAUUAUGCGAAAGAUUGCACGGGUGAACAAAAAAACGUUGCCCGUGAACUAUGAAGGUGUGUUAAGGGGAAAGAUGGAGAAAGCGGGGACUGUGACGACGAUACAGAAACAGUUGUAUGGCAUUUCCGACCUUUUUGCCACGAAAAACAUGUGCAAGAAGACACUCAUUAUAACUUUCAUCUGGUUCGCCAACACAAGUGUCUACGUGGGCCUGAGUUACUACGCCCCCGCCUUAGGUGGCGAUGAAAUCUGGAAUUUUUUUCUUGCCGGUGCCGUUGAACUGCCAACGUACUUCAUCCUUUGGCCGAGCAUGCAUUAUUUCGGACGCCGCUGGGUACUUUGUGUGUCCAUGAUGAUCGGUGGCAUCGCAUGUCUGGCAACAUUUUUGUCGCAAGAUGACAAAGCAACGACGCUGCUGCUUUACUGCGUCGGCAAAAUGGGCAUUUCGUCGGCGUUUGUUGUGCUGCCACUCGCUGCCUCGGAAUUGUAUCCGACGGUUGUGCGUGGGCUCGGCAUGAGUUUUAGCAGUGUCAUCGGCAUGAUUGGACCCAUUGUCAUUCCAGUUAUCAAUCACAUGGGAAGUGAAAUGAUGGUUUUGCCCCUGCUAAUUAUGGGAGCAUUGCUGACACUCGGUGGUUUUGUCAGUUUGUUGUUGCCCGAGACAAUGGGUCAACCGUUACCGCAGACAAUAGACGAUGGCGAAAUGGUGCCAAUACAAAAGUUUUGUCAAUGUCUGUCAUCGACGUCGUCUGCAACCUCCUCGACAUCGACAACAAAGAGAAAAGACAAACGCAUGCCGCAAGGCGCAUUAAUGUUCAACGAAACAACAAUCUAGCUAGACAAAAAAAAAAACGUGAAUAAACAAAAAAUUUCCAUUAAUCGCUAAUUUAAUCGCCAUUUCAUGCUUGACUUGAUUGAUUUCUCGUCUCCGCCGCGAUGGAAAUUAUGAAUUUCUUUUUGACGCGUAAUAAAGUGCUUUUUACGGUCUGACAAGAAAAGCGAUACUCUCGGCGGAUUAAGACACAGAGAAUAAAUGAAAAUCAUUAAUAAACUUCUCAUUCCGUUAUGUGACUCAUUUUUUCCCAUCUUCUUCCUCUAUUUUCACGUUUUUUGUUACAACAACAACAACAAUAACUUAACUAGUGCACGCGUUUUAAUGAAAGUUUGCUCAUUUUUUUGCUCUUCUUCAUUAUGUUCGCUUUUUAUAUUUACUUUUUGAAUGAUAAUGAGCGUAGCAGGGAGUCCAUUGUAAGGAAAUAGCAAUUUUUACAGGAAAAUGACAUGAACAGAUAUGCGAGCUAUUGUAUUAAU